AUGUCUUCUCUUGUCUCAAAUCUCAAACUGGAGGGAGUACUCUCAUCCCCCUCCACCCGCAAAGACGUCCCUGCAGAGGCAUGUCAAGACAAGUCAAUUUUCAUUGCAGAAGAUCGCUUGGCUGUGAGACAGACAGCCUGGGACUCUCCCGGUCAAGCAGCAUAUGACUUUCGCUCUGAUUACGUUACUUCGCCUAACGGAGCUAUGCUUUCCUCCAUUAUCAAUACCAGCCUGUUGGACGAUGUCAUGAAGGAGGAUCCUACUACAAACUCCUUUCAAGACUUCAUGGCAAGACUGACAGGCCACGAAGACUCGCUCUUGGUCAUGUCUGGAACAAUGGGUAACCAAGUUGCUCUCCGAACUGCCCUCCCGGCCCCUCCGUACAGCAUCCUCUGCGACAGCCGAAGCCACAUUCUUGGGAUGGAAGCAGGAGGACCUGCGACGCUUUGCGGGGCGCUAUUAGAGGGAGUCUUCCCGUGCAAUGGCCAUCAUCUCACCAUCGAGGAUGUAAAAAAGCAUGCCACUCUUCGGGAAGAUGUUUAUGACUGCCCAACACGAAUUAUCAGUCUAGAAAACACCCUUUCAGGGACUAUCAUGCCCCUGGAAGACAUUCGCGUAAUUUCAAGCUGGGCACGGAGCCAGAAUCCUCCCAUCCAUAUGCACCUAGAUGGUGCUCGGCUGUGGGAGGCCGUCGCUGCUGGAGCAGGCAGUUUGAAGGCGUAUACUUCAUGCUUUGAUAGUGUGUCUCUUUGCUUCACUAAAGGCCUGGGUGCACCAAUUGGGUCGAUUGUGAUCGGAAGCUCGUCAUUUAUCAAGCGAGCCCGGUGGAUGCGAAAGCUCCUUGGCGGAGGAAUCCGCGCAGCAGGCAUUGUAUCCGCUCCAGCAAGAGUUGCUGUUGAGCAUGUUUUCCUUGGUGGGCACCUUCGUGCCAGUCAAGAUUCUGCGAAACAACUUUCCAAGCUCUGGUUGAGUUUAGGUGGAAAGCUCCAGUAUCCAACAGAGACCAAUAUGAUUUGGCUGGACCUGGAUGCAGCAGGCAUCGAUAAAGAGCGCUUUGCGGAUCUUGCUCAAAAUGCAGGAGUCAAGACCAUGCGUGGUCGCUUGCAAGGACGACUCAUAAUUCAUUAUCAGAUCUGCGAUCAUGCCUUGCAUGUCUUGGCCGAUCUUUUUGUAAGUCUCUUAGCGGGAAAUGGCGGGAGUAUUGCGAAGAAUAAUGAAGGAUAG